UUUCCAAUCAAUGUUUACCUGUGUUUUCAAUGGACUUUGAUUUAUUGUUACUUGUAUCAGACUAUCAGUUGUUUGCUUGUUUAUAAUUUAUUCAGAUUGUGCUAGUUAAAACAAAAAGAACAAAUUAAUAUGAGUUUGAUUUUUACGACCACUAGAUUUGUGGCCGUGCAAUUUUUACUUAAAUACAGAAAGCUACAUCAGAAUGUUGUGCUGCGGAAAAAUUUUCAGCAAAAAAUACCAAUGUAUGGUUUCCUGAAUAUCCCAAUGCUAAUGGGAGUCCUAUUUUGGAAGUCACAAGCACAGUCAUCAGAUCCCAAAAAAGCCGCUAUAUCUGCAACUCUGGAUCAUGCUGAUCAAUUGUUUGAAAAUGGACAUAUUGAAGAAUGCUACCAGUAUUUAAAGAAUUGCGAAUUUAAUGAUGUAGAGAUCCAGUGGAGAAUUUGCCGAGCAAUGUAUAACAUGGCAAAGGAGUCAAAAUAUGAACAAACAUAUAAAAGGCAAUUGAUAUCAGAAGCAUACCAUAUUAUAUCAUAUGUGCUGAAAGAGAAUGAGGACAACUAUGCUGUACAUAAGUGGUAUGCACUAUUGCUUGAUGCAGAAAGCACAGAAGUUGGACUCAAGGAGAGGAUAAAGCAACUAGAAAAUGUGAAGAAACAUAUGGAUAUGGCUGUUUUAUAUAAUCCAAAUGAUGCUACUACUUUAUACAUGCUGGGAGAGUGGUGUUAUCAAGUCAGCGAAAUGCCCUGGCAUCAAAGGAAAAUAGCAGAGACCUUCUUUGCAUCACCACCUUAUUCUACAUAUGAAGAAGCAUUGGAGUACUUCCUUAAGGCAGAAUCAACUCGACCCAGAUUUUACAGCUUAAACUUGCUUAGAUUAGGAAACUGCUAUUUAAAACUGAAAAAAGAAGACCAAGCUAAAUAUUACUUGAAGCUUGCAGCUAGUUACCCAGCUAAGACUAAUGAUGAUCAUCAAGCUAAUAAAGAAGCUGCAGAAUUACUGAAGCAAUUGAAAUGAUUGGUCGCAAGUUAAUUCUGUCACAAUGGUUUAUUUAAUACUUUUUACAUGGAUUAGGAUUUAUAAUAUCUUCGACUCUCAUGAAAACCGAGAAGGACAAGUCCAGUAAGAGUCCUAUACUUGGCCUUGGGAUUUGUUAUUAUUAGUAGAUACUGCCACUAAACUUUAUGUUCCCGCUUGCGAAAAAUGUUAAUAUUAUAAUCUUAUACUUUUAAACGAGCAAUUCUUGUAUAUUUAUUUAUUUAUUUAUAUAUUUAUUUACAAUGACGAUCUCGGAAACCGCUCUAACGAUUUCGCUGAAAUUUGUUA